AUGAGCGCAACAGCCACCACCAACACAACCGCGACGGAAGCGGCGACCAUCGACAACGGAGGCGUGAUGAGCAAGGUGCGCGAGGUGUUCGCCAAGCUAGACGCCAACGGCGACGGGCACCUGACCCGCGACGAGCUCCACGACGGCCUCAAGCUCCUCAAGCUGCCCGCGACCGAAGCCGACGUCGACGCCCUGCUCGCCCGGCUCGACAUCGACAAGGACGGCAACGUCAGCCUGCUCGAAUUCGAGGCAUUCGCGAUGGCGCAGAGCAAGCUGCUGCGCAAGGUGUUCGACGAUCUCGAUGCGGACAAGAGCGGCACGAUCGACGUCGAGGAGGUGCGCGGCUCGCUCCGGCGACUGGGCAUGAAGUACGACGACGGCGCCGUCACCAAGCUCAUCAAGCGCAUCGACGUUGACGGCAACGGCAAGAUCGACUUCAACGAGUGGCAGACGUUCCUGUUGUUGGUGCCCUCGGCCACCGUGGACGCGAUCUUCCGCUACUGGGAGGACGCGAUGAUGGCGUUUGACUCUGAGGACGGCGUCAUCCUGCCCCCGGCCCACAAGCCCAAGACUCUGAUGGACUCUGUCGCGGUACCGAUGACUUCGAGAACUGCCACGGCUCCGCUGGAGCGCAUCCGUACCAUCUACCAGGUGCAGAGCACCAAGCCCAGCAUCGACGCCAUCUCGCGCCAGAUCUACGCGGAAUCGGGCGUGUCGGGCUUCUGGCGCGGUAAUGGAGCCAAUCUGCUCAAGGUGGCGCCGGAGAAGGCGAUCAAGUUCUGGACCUACGAGACCAUCAAGGCCACCUUCGGCAAGAAGGACGCCGACAUCAGCCCCCACGAACGCUUCAUUGCCGGCGCCGGCGCCGGCGUCUUCACCCACACCCUGUCCUUCCCUCUCGAAGUGAUCAAGACCCGCCUGGCGGCGGCCCCGAACGGCACCUACACGGGCAUCACCGACGUGGUGCGAAAGAUCGUCACCAAGGAGGGUCCGAUGGCCUUCUUCCGUGGUCUCACCCCGUCGCUCCUCAGCACCGCGCCGCACUCCGGCAUCGACCUCACCGUCUACGAAGUGCUCAAGAGGGAGUACACCAAGCGCAACGAGGGCAAGAGCCCGGGCGUGAUCACGCUGCUCGGCUGCGCGUCGGCCUCGAGCGUGGCGGGUCUGCUCGCCUGCUACCCGCUGCACGUCGCCAAGACGCGCAUGAUCAUGCAGUCCAUGCACGGCGCGCCGCAGAUCUACUCGGGCGUGUGGAACGUCUUCACCCAGACCUACAGCAAGGAGGGCUUCGUGGGUCUCUACCGCGGCCUCGUGCCCUCCAUCCUCAAGUCCGUUCCUUCGCACUGCAUCACCUUCGUCACCUACGAGUUCCUCAAGAAGCAGUUCGGCGUCGAGAAGCACAGCAAGCACUAG